AUGCAGGUUUUAUUGAAACUUCGGCAACCUCUAGCGGGAUGCCGCCCGUGCGUCCAUCGGUGUGUAGGGCUUAUUUUUGAUUCUCCAAUGGUGGAAGCACGGUUGGCUUCGUCGAGUUUCAGUGGGAGGAACAGUGAGAGCGCAAUUUUAUUUAGCAAGGGGCCAAGAGCAAGUGUGGCAUCAUCUGUGAAGCACAUGGUCCCGCCACCACAGCGACAACCACAGACCACAAAACCCGUUACAUCAUCACCACCAAAUGUUCUGUCAGGGCCACUUCCCGCCGUGGGAACACCUUUGCUCGAUGCUGGGGAAAUAACCACCGAGGUUGCGGCGGUGCUAGUGAUGUAUCGACGGCAUCUCAACGAACAGCGUGAAAUGGCGAAUGGGAAAGGGGUGGAUUUGGGUGAAGCAAUUGCAACCACAACUGCUGACACGUGGGGCGGUGUGACGAUAAGCGCGCCUUUUUAUCCGCCAGUGCCAUUGGAAUACAUGGAAGAACAUUUUCAGCCAUUGCUCUCGCGAUUGGUUCCUGGCGCCGGAUCUCCUGUUCGAUUAGUGGGAGCUGGGGUUGGGGUGGAACACAACAAGCAGCUCCUUACGAGUCGAAUUCAGAGUACAUGCGUGUUCACCUUAUCGCCGUCUUCGUCCCGAACAUCACUUGAUGGGAAAAUCAGUCCUGAAAGCAGAGGCGCAGACGAGAAACUUGUGAUCCGUGUUAGACCCGGCGUGCGGGAGUUGGCUACUGAAAUCGCUGCGCUCGUGCGCACGUUGGAAGCUUCGAAUGGUUGCGGUGAGAGGCGUCCAGUGCCACUAAAAGUCAUUCAUCGUGCGUCGCUAAGCCACGCUGCAACGAGCUUCACACGCCGCGAGUUGUCCAAUGACAUCAAACGGCUUUUGCUGGUAUACGAGUGUGAGCUGUUUGCGUUUUCUAGCAACGGUUCUGUUGUGCGUGUGAGGGAUGGUUGUGGAAUGGGUAGCGCAAGGGGGGCUGAAUCGACUACUGUGAGAAGCGAAGCGGCUUCACCGACCCAGUCACACCACGUACCCGUCAACUCUGCUCCUUCUCCUCCUGUUGGUGAAGCUCACACCGUAAUGCAUAUGGGGGAGCGAAUCAUCGCCCCCUCAUCAAUGGAACGCUAUCGUCUUUCACAGAGUCUUUUGCCGCUGCUGCAGUUCAUUCAAACAAUCCCCGUGAGUUCUACUGGCAUGUCAGUUGACAGCGACGGCCACGGUUUUGUUGACUUUGCCGCGGUGCGGAACCGUGUUUUGGCAGCACACCCAUCACUCACCUCUCUUUUCGUGUUGAAUCGUGAGGACGUGCGACGUCGUCGAGAAGUUGCUUUUCUGUCAGCGCUCAGCACUCUAGGUGUGGAGUGGUGCUGGGGGAGGCCUUUGGCUGAGUGCCAGCAGCGCAAGACUCAGCACCAGGGGAGGCAAUCACCACACCUUGAGUCAUCAAACGAAGCGCUAUCCGAUAUUGGUGUACUUUUCCUUCGCCGUCGACUUUGUGCAGUGCCGGAAGCACAAGUUACUGCAAAGGGGGACAUGCCCCCAACAGGGCGACUGCCUCACAGUGUCGUGCUGAGGGAAUUGAGUGAUGAGGGAGAAGUCGCAGAUGCCCCAGUGAGUCGGUUGGUUGUCGACGAACGUCCGUGGUGGAGCUUUGUUUCUUAUUGGCAAGGGACUGCGCCCGACCCUGAGGAAAACGUAGACAUGUUGGAUCGUCUUUUUUGUGGGUUGCAAGCUGCUGUUUAUGAGAAACUGGAGCAACUUCCAUCGGCGAGGCUAUUUGUACAGCCGCUGGGUGAAGAUAUUGUCGCCGCCCCUUCGUGCGCAAUGUACCCCAUGGGGGCGUGUGCCAACAUAGCUUUUGUGCGCCACCUGAUGCGAUAUUUCACCACUAGGCAGCACGAAGCACUGCACCCAAUGCUUAUUGGGGAAGUUCAGGGCCGCGUGUCUCCGCUUGUUAAAAACGAAAUUAAAGAAAACAUUGCAUGUCUCUUCUUCCCAUAUGAAGAGUGCAGUGCCCAACGGACCGGCUCACAUAUCGGGGCGAAAGUGGACAGUGGCUGUGGGGCGUGCGGUGAUAAUGCGACUAAAUAUAAGUUGAUUGUGUUCAACAGGUUUGUUGACGGUUGCUACAAAACGGAAGGGGGCAGGCAAGUGUUGUAUAUUCGUGCACGCGCCACACCGGGGGAGCCGCCGCUGGCCAGUAGGAAAAAGCUUCCAGCAAAGUUGGUUCUUGAGGUCAUGUGUUGCCUCCAUCGGGAGUUGUUGCGCCGGGCGGAGGAAAUUGGGAUGGAUUUUGAAGAUGAUGUGGAUGAAUCAGACGAAAGCAAUAGAGGUGACGGUAGCGGCGACGGCUCUUGCCUCUCAUUCGCAGUGCUCCGAACGCUACUACCAAUUGAUAUUCGGGUGUUUAUCCGGGAUCACAUCGGUGACCCCGCUCUGAUUCCUCUACUUGUUGUAUGUCACCCGCGGUAUUUUUUUACUACAUCCGAUGGGGUCUCUAACUGCUGGGGAGCGGUAGGAUUAACGUGUGCUGGACGGCGCCUUGCGCGGCAUUUGGAAGAAACUUCAGAUAGGGAGCUAGGGAUAUCCUACUGCGGGAACCAACCGUCGCCAUACAGGAAUCCACUGACAGGAAGUCUCUUCAUGAACAAUACUCGACAGCAGUUGGAGUCGUUUCUCAUAUGCCAUUGA